UUCCUCUUAAGUCCUAACAUCCCACUUUGACCUCUUUAGUUACAAAUCGCCAAAUCUAGGAACUUUUCACAUUAAAAAAUCAACCACACAAGCUCUGAAAAAACAGAGCAUCCUCUGUCUCAAAAAAUCCCUAUUUCCCCCACCCUCUACAUGGCCAAAACCGAAACACUCAUCCUCUUCUGGGUUUUCAUUUAUCUUUCAAACCCAGCUUUUUCUCAGCUUGAUGAGCUUUUUUUCAAUGGAUUCAAUGAUGCAGGUGACCAGAUCAGCUUAAAUGGUGUUGCGGAGAUUGAUAGUAAUGGCAUACUGCGUUUAACAAACUACACAAGUCGGGUAGUUGGUCAUGCUUUCUAUUCACCACAAAUCAAGUUCAAGAACUCCAGCGAUGCCAAAUCUUUCUCCUUCUCCACUGCUUUUGCUUUUGCUAUAUCUCCUCAGUAUCCGAAACUUGGCGGUCAUGGCUUUGCCUUCACUGUCUCCCCCCAAAAAGGACUUCCAGAUGCUCUUCCAAGCCAGUUCUUGGGCCUACUAAAUGCAACUGAUAUGGGAAACUUCUCAAAUCACAUUUUUGCUGUUGAAUUUGAUACGGUGAAAGAUUACGAGUUUGGUGAUAUCAAUGAUAACCAUGUUGGUAUAGACAUCAAUGGUUUGAAAUCAAAUAAAUCUGUUCCUGCCACGUAUCUUCUCGAUAAUUCGACAAAGCAGGAACUGAAUUUGACGGGUGGUAAGGUUAUUCAAGCGUGGAUAGACUAUGAUGGGAUCAAGAAUCGAUUGGAUGUCAGGCUGUCACCAUUUUCUACCAAACCCAGAUCCCCAAUAUUGUCCUGUGAUGUUGAUCUCUCUCCAAUUCUCAAGGAUUCUAUGUAUGUUGGAUUCUCUUCUUCAACAGGUUUGCUUGCAGCCUCACAUUAUAUAUUGGGUUGGAGUUUCAAGAUGAAUGGAGAAGCCAAGUCCUUGUCUUUGUCUUCUCUUCCUUCCCUUCCUGGUCCUAAAAAGAACCACACAGCUUUGAUUCUUGGUCUCACUGUUUCAGCUUGUGUUGUGAUAAUCUUGGUUGUUACUUUAUCUUUUUUUCUAGUCAAGAAAAUCAAGAACGCGGAUGUUGUCGAAGAGUGGGAGUUUCAGGUUGGUCCUCACAGAUACUCUUAUCAAGAGCUCAAGAAAGCAACAAGAGGGUUUAGGGACAAAGAGCUACUUGGGUUUGGUGGUUUUGGCAAAGUAUACAAAGGAACUCUACCAAACUCAAAGACACAAAUUGCUGUUAAGCGAUUCUCAAACGAAUCAAAACAAGGGUUGACAGAAUUUGUAUCUGAGAUUGAAAGCAUAGGCCGGCUUCGCCACAGGAAUCUAGUUCAGCUUCUGGGAUGGUGUCGGCGGCGAGGUGAUUUACUACUUGUCUAUGAUUUCAUGCCUAAUGGAAGUUUGGACAAGUUUCUUUUCGGUGAGCCUAAAUUUGUGCUAAGUUGGGAACAAAGGUUCAACAUCAUCAAAGGAGUUGCUUCGGGACUUCUUUACUUACAUGAAGAAUGGGAACAGACUGUGAUUCAUAGAGAUAUCAAGGCAGGCAAUGUGUUGUUAGAUGGUGAUCUAACUGGAAGACUUGGUGACUUUGGUCUAGCAAAGCUCUACGAGCGUGGCUCGAACCCUACCACCACCAGAGUUGUAGGCACAUUGGGAUAUCUAGCACCGGAGCUAACGCGAACCGGCAAGCCAACUACAAGUUCAGAUGUGUUUGCUUUUGGUGCACUCUUGCUUGAAGUGCUGUGUGGGAGAAGACCAAUUGAGCCCAAGGCUCUGCCCGAGGAGCUAAUCUUGGUGGACUGGGUGUGGGAUAGGUGGAAUAUUGGUGCAAUUCUAGAUGUGGUGGAUCCAAGAUUGAAUGGAGAGUUUGAUGAACUUGAGGCUGUUGUGGUCUUGAAACUAGGCCUAAUGUGUUCUAACAAUGCCCCUGAAGCUAGGCCUAGCAUGAGGCAGGUGGUUAGGUACUUGGACGGGGAAGCGGCUUUGCCGGAGGUGGUGGCGCCGCCAUCGGAUGCUUAUGAUACCAAAAUGAGUAACAGCAAAGGAAGUACUUGUGAGAGUGGUGGCAGUGGUGGUGGUGAAUGUGGGGACUAUGUGCAUUCAUAUCCAGUAUGCAAUGUUUGGAGAAGUACAGGGUCGUUAAAGGAUGUUGAUGUUGAAACUGGCUUAGCUUCAUCUUCAUUCUUCACUACUUCCCAGUAGAGAUGAUGAUGGGUGGUAGCCAUGAUUUAGGAUUUUUGUCCAGGUUUAGGUUCCUUGAUUUUUCUUUCAUGUAAAUGAAUUUACUGUCAUCCCAUUUGGGGAUUGUAAAUUACUAGAAUUUAGGAGGUGGGUUCUGUUUCUUUUAUCAAAUCUAACCGCUUUGUUCAAAUUCA